CUCUGAAAGAAGAACGUAAGAUCCAGCAGCAACCCGGGGUUAACCAUGAGUUCUGAACAUACCUCUCUCCGUCAUGAGGACUACACAAUCGCCUGCAUCUGCCCGAUGGGCGUCGAGCAAGCGCCCGUGGAAGCGAUGCUCGACGAAUUCCACCCCGACUUGCCCUCCAAACGGAACCAGAACAGCUACACGCUUGGUCGGAUAGGCGUCCACAAUGUAGUCAUCGCCAUCCUACCCGGGAUUGGACUGAGUAGCGCUGUGGUCGUGGCGAUGCAGCUGUUCAAUGACUUCCCAGCUAUCCAACUCAGCCUGCUGGUCGGGAUUGGAGGUGGAUUGCCUGACUUGGCACGUGGCGUGGAUAUUCGACUGGGCGACGUGGUAGUGGGCAAGCCAUCCGGAACGUUUGGCGGGGUGGUCGAAUUUGCGUGCUGCCAGGAUGUUGGGAGAAUACGAUACGAACGGGUUGAUGGACUGCAGCGUCCUUCAGAUGUGUUGUUGGCUGCUGUGACGAGGAUGGAGGCGCGUGCUCGUCGAGGGAAGAGUCAGAUAAUAAAGCAUCUUGCCGACAUGCCCCAAAAAUACCCGAAAAUGCGCGAAGGGGAGUACACCCACCAAGACGCAGAGAACGACCAACUGUUCCGAGCGGAAUACGACCACCGUGGCGGGAUGGACUGCAGAGACUGCGACCGGGCACAGGUUGUGCCCCGGGAACGGCGUGUGGACAGCGCACCGGUCGUGCAUUACGGGACGAUCGGAUCAUCGAACGUCGUGGUCAAGGACGGUCGAGUGCGCGAUCAGCUGCGGGACGACCUCGACCUCCAGUGCGUGGAGAUGGAGGCCGCCGGGGUGCUGCAUGUAUUUCCCGGUUUGGUCAUCCGUGGGAUCUGUGACUAUGCGGACUCGCACAAGAACAAGCGGUGGCAGCCUUAUGCAGCUGCCACAGCAGCGGCAUAUAUGAAAGAGCUGGUGUCUAUGAUUCCUGUCUCUGACACGAAGUCGGUGGACGCGAAAGAUGCUAAGGUUGAUGCUACUCGGGAGCCAGGCAAGCUUGCGGACGGGGUUGUGGCUCGGGAUGUUGUAGGUCUCAGGCCAUGGCUACUGGCGUGCCUUAUCGGGAUGUUGGGUAUAUCGCUCGCGCUUAAUGCAUACACUCUUGCGUCGCUGAGGUGAGGAUUGUCGCCAUGGACUGCCUAUUAGAGCAGUGCACCAGAGUUGAUGGCUCAAUAUAUACAUAGCGCACAGCACGGAAUCGACUUAUGAAAGGCACAUUCGAAAAGGUUUGCUAGGAAGAUAUGAGGAAUACGGCUUCGAGGCACUAAGAAAGUGACGGGGAGAAUGGGUACUGAUGUUUUGACUGAGUUGGUUGGCCCUGUUUUGUUGCUGAUGAAACCAUCCAAGAUGGCCUGUCAGAUCACGUGACAUACGAUUAGACAUCUCUCCCUCUACUCGCAGCCAUUUAUGGGAACCACUGUACUGUCUU